AUGCCUCCCCGGUGGAAGCCAGAAGCGGCUGCCAUUGUGCAAUUGCCUACAACUUCCGUCCCCAGCUACAUGCAAACCAUUGUCGGCAAGCAAUCGCCCAUCUCCGAAGACAUCGAGGAGUUUCGUGGUAUUCCGUACGCUCAUGUGCCAGGGAGAUGGGAGCACUCGCAACUAAGAGAUCGUUUGCCGCGUGAUGUAUUCGACGCUACACAGAACGGGCCACGAUGCCCUACGCAAAAGAAAGGCGACUCGCGUGCGUUUCAAUCAUAUUUGCCGUUCCCAGACGACCGCGAAGAUGAGUUUGAGUGCCUGAAUCUUCUUGUCGUGCGCCCGAGCAAGGAAGCGCUCGCGAAGCACAACAUCGACACCGAGGCGACCCAACUACCUGUGCUUGUUUGGAUUCAUGGUGGUGGCUUCGCAGAUGGCGCGGCCACAGAUCCAGUAUGGGAUCCCACCCGGCUUGUCCUUCGUGCUCUCGCUGAGAAGACUCCUCUUAUUGCAGUGUCUAUUAACUAUCGUCUCAACAUAUUUGGCUUCGGCGGUUCAUCCGACAUGCUUGCAGUCCAAGACAGACAUGGCUCUCUUAAGGGCGUGAAUUUUGGUCUGUACGAUCAAAAAGUUGCCUUGAUCUGGAUAAAAUGCAACAUUGCAGCGUUCAGAGGAGAUAGCACAAAGGUCACAAUCAUGGGCCAUUCCGCCGGCGGAAUUUGCUGCCAUCUUCAUCUUCUCGAGGCGGAAUUGGGCACGAAGAAACCGCUAUUCCGUAAGGCUGGUCUGAUGUCAGGGUCAUGUGGAGAUCUUGAUUUGACAUCGUUGGACAAAGCAGACGAGCGUUGGGCAGACCUGUACCGAUUGUGGUCAGUCCAAGCUGACAAUCCAGCGGAUCGACUCAACAUGUUGAGAAGAAUACCUGCCAAAGAUCUUCUAAGUAGCAUCUCGGAGAUUCACUGGAGGCUUUUUGCGUUGGUCAUUGACCAAUUGACCGUCAGGGAAAGCAACUUGGGCUGCGGCGUUUCGGUCCACCUUGGGCAAGGUGGAUUGGACGUUCAAAUCAAGUCGGCCGAUGAAAGCAUUCAAGUCAUGUUGAGCACAACGGACGAUGAGUUCAGAGGUUUUGUCCAGAUGGCUAACUGGAAUUAUGCUACAUUUCGCUCUCUUUUCACGUCUAGCUAUCCCUCAGAGGCAGCAGCUGAGGAUAUUCUUCAAGCAUACGGUAUCAGGCCUGCAUCAUCAGAUGAAGAGCUAUUUGAAGCAUUCUCUGAAUUUAUAUCUGAUGUCACAAUAAUACAUAAAGUACAUCGUGCCGGCGAAUUCUUCAAGGCUUACCGUGGGGAACAAGCUCUCCUUCAAGGAAAGGACCCCAAGCGUGUGGGUGUACAAUCUUACCAUUUCGAGUUCGGCAAUCCCUUCCCAGGUCCCAUGAAAGGAAUUGCGCACCAUGGCGUUGAGUUGAUCUAUGCCUUUGACAAUUUCCAUGACGCGCUGGAGAAGACUGACCGGGGGAUUCUGGGGGGUUAUAUUGAACCCCAUCAAAAGCUUGCGGAAACUACUGUACCUCAACCACUAUCAAACACUGAUAAUGGAAAGUAUCGCCAUUCCAAUAUUGACUUAGCUUAUGAAUUGCAGGAUAAGCUAAUCCAAUUUGUUGUCGAAGAUUGCCAAGAGACCGACCAGCGCACGAGUCCCGAUGAGAUUACGACGUUUUCUCACGACAGAUCGGUUCGCGUGGAUAAUUGGUCUAGUAAUGAGAAAUGGGUAUUGAAGAGGAAGAAAUUAGAGCUCUUGAAUAAGGAUUUGGCUUCUUUGACAACUGCUACGAGGAGACUUGUAGGGAGCGUCAUAGGUAUGGCCCUCUAG